AUGGCGUCCCCCUUCUACUCCCACCACUUCUCCAUCCACAACCUCCCCUACGGCAUCGCCUCCUCCCCCUCCCAUCCAACCCCCCAAUGCGCAACCCGCCUCGAAAACACCAUCAUUUUCCUCGCUGACCUUCAAUCCGCUGGGUUCUUCUCCUCCAUCCCCUCCCUUCCACCAGACAUCUUCUCCCACUCCACCCUCAACCCCUUCGCCUCUCUCCCCCGAACCACCCAAACCCAAGUCCGCCAUGUCCUCCAAUCCACCCUACAGUCCUCAACCCCCCUCCCCGACACAAGCACCUCAGACAUCACCACCGUAACCAUGCACCUCCCCGUCUCCAUCCCCUCCUUCACCG